CAGAUUCUCUGCUGGCAUGUGCUUCAAUGCCAUUGAAAAGACCCGCAUAGACUGAUAGUCCAACACUCCACCCUCAAGCCCGUCCUUUCAAUGCCCACAGCAUGCGAGUGGAUGCAGGGCCAGCGUGCGCAUCGCAAGGGGAAGAACCGCUUUUGGAAGCAGCAAAAAGUUUGGGGAGGAGGGACGUGGAAGACUAAGGUUGGUUACCAGCCUCCUUCCCAAGGCUGCCCUGGCUCAUUUCUCACCCGGGACGGUAGAGCAUGGACACCGGGCCCAGGACGAUAUUCGGAAGGGAACCCGAUGGAGAGCAGCGUGCGGUACGAUCGUCUCAAGUUCUCUAAGACCCACUCGCUGCUUGACGAACAGAAGAGGAGGUGGCCGGGCGACAGCUGCCCGAUGGCUUGGCAGCCUGCGGGAGUGAUCGUGAACCCCGCUCGAGGGUUCAGCAUGGGCAGUGGGUGCGGGCCAGGAGAGUGCUGGAUGAGAGAGGUGGAGAGGAGGAGCAGGAUAACCAGCUUCGGCUUCAACUACCGGGACAUCGCUCCUGAUCUUGUCAUCGGCGAGCACGCAAAGACGUCUCGAGCUGGCCCGCAGGGCUCUGUCUUCCAUGCUGCUGGGGGAGGGCUCGCUGGAGUUGUUAUGCAGCCCGACUGGUAUGAGGUGCAGGUGAAAGAGACGCCUGGGCCGGGGCACUACGGCUCGGACUACACGUAUAGCAACAUAGGGACGCGAGACAAUGCUCUCGCGCGUCUCUCCUCCAAGGAGACUCCGCCCGCCUUUGGUUUCGGAUCGUCAGAAAGGGGAGAGGACUACUCGAAGAGGAGUCAUGAGGUCCCGGGCCCGGCCUCCUACCGUCCACAAGCUCUCACGUGGAUCGGCGGGCAUGGGCAGAACAAGAGCCUUCGGGUCAGAGGUGGAGCCUUCGGGAAGGAGAACCGCUGGCCCAUGCGGAACCAAAGCAGAUGAGCAGCGAUAGGCCCUGAGGAUAGGAUCAGGGUCACAGGUUCCGGGUUCAAGUAGGACUUGACUCCGUGGCAGCGAACUAGCCGAACAUUGAACCCUGCCAUCGCCGGGACGUGAAAGUUGAUCCGAUCCUGAGAUCGGACAGGCCCUGAUGGAGCCUGCCCGGCCGCUUUGACUCGCCGACGCAGUCAUCCUUAUCAUGUACUACUGGCUAACGGUUAUCACACGAGUGGCAUC